UGAAAGCAUCAGUCAUUACAUGUGUACUGUAUGUGGUGCCCAUACCUGGAGACGUCUGUGGAUACUGCUUACCUGCGCAUCUCAUAUGUGGACACAAGGCUAGGAUGGAGAAGAGUAGUCAGUGGUAACACACUGCUCCGAGUAGAGCAUGCUCUGCAUCCUGGACUGGGGAGCUCUCCAGCAAGCAGCCUGGAAGAAUCACUUUACAGUCUCUGUUGUUCUGUCCCACAUCAGCCUGAAAGAAUUACUUUACAGUCUCUGUUCACAUCAGCAAGAAAACCGCACUCCAGCCCAAAGCCCGGGAACCUGAACUCCUCCUACAUCCUCUGGGACCAACAACUUCAUUUCUCUCUUACUCAACGACACAGCGGCCUCAUGUGACUGGAGAAAGGCAUCACAGUCUGUGUGAAACCUUAUCACUAGCAAUACAGCGCAAUGUAAAUUGGUGUUUCUAGGGGCUGCCCCCUACUUGACUAUUCAUAGUAACCACCUUGUGCAUCACGGACAGCAGCUAGAUGGACUAGGAGUGACUCUGUAAGGACCUGGUAGGUUUUCACAGGUAUCUGGAGCCAUGCUGACUACAGUGCAUCUUAAAGCUGCUAGAGAGUGCAUGGAGGAGGAUCCAUAGAGCAAACUUGAAGAUCAAGGUAAAUGGAGGACCCAGAAGCACAUCUAUUCCAGUCACGGAAAGGGAAUAGAAUAGAACAGAUGGUAGUGAGAUGGCUACGGCGAUCACGAGAUGGUUCAUCUCGUGGAAGAAGCUCAACCGGGGACACUCCAUCCAUAGGUCCAAACCAAUAUGCAUGUUCAAUGAAGAUCACCUUGGACAUCAAGAAAGAUUUGCACCUUGACAGCUAUGGCUUUGACAUAUCUCUGAACCACCCUCUAUCUGUCACAGCUGUUACUGCAGGCGGUCCAGCUGAAGGGAAAUUAUUGCCAGGGGAUCAAAUCUUUGCAAUCAACAAUGAAAAUGUGGAAAACAUCAAUGUUCAGAAGGCAACAGACAUGGUCAGGGAUUCGGGGGACACUGUUACUAUAACAGUCCUGCGAGGUACUUCGAGUCCCAAAUCAUCAUUUCUUACAGCAGAGAAAAGGGCCAAAUUAAAAAGCAACCCAGUGAAAGUAAGGUUUGCUGAAGAAGUGAUUGUAAAUGGCCACACUCAGGGGAAUUCUCUUCUGUUUAUGCCUAAUGUCCUUAAGGUCUACUUGGAAAAUGGUCAGACAAAGGCUUUUAAAUUUGAGAAGACAACAACUGUUAAGGACAUCCUCAUGACCCUUAAGGAGAAGCUUUCAAUAAAUGUAAUUGAGCACUUUGCACUAGCGCUAGAAGAGCAAUAUAACAUCUCAAAGCUUUACCUUCUUCAUGAAGAUGAACUUAUAGAACAGGUGGUGCAGAAGAAAGAAUCUCAUGACUAUAGAUGUCUCUUCAGAGUUUGCUUUGUACCCAAAGAUCCACUUGAUCUCCUUCAGGAGGAUCCAGUUGCCUUUGAGUAUCUCUACUUACAGAGCUGCAGUGAUGUACUUCAGGAGAGAUUUGCGGUUGAGACGAAGUGCAGCGUUGCAUUACGUUUGGCUGCUUUGCACAUCCAGGAACGUAUUCAUUCUUGUGGACAAUCACAGAAGAUAACAUUCAAAUAUAUUGAAAAAGACUGGGGAAUAGAUAACUUUUUAUCCCCAACUUUACUUCGGAACAUGAGAGGGAAGGACAUAAAGAAAGCAAUCGGCUUUCACAUGAAGAGGAACCAAUGCAUUCUCGAACCAAGACAAAAGCAGCCAAUAUCUGCAAGUCAGGUUCGAUUGCAAUAUUUAAAAAUCCUCGGAGACUUAAAGACCUAUGGGGGGAAAAUAUUCAAUGCCACACUAAUGCUACAAGACAGAGAAUCAUACGUUACACUUCUUGUUGGAGCCAAGUAUGGUAUCAGCCAGAUUAUUAACAACAAACUGAACAUCAUGAUAACCCUAGCAGAAUUCUCAAGUAUCAGCAAGAUAGAGCUAACUGCAGAGUCAGAAAAAGUAAGCAUGGUGAAGGUUUACCUGCAGGAUGUCAAGCCUCUUUCCCUUUUGUUGGAGUCGAAUAGUGCAAAGGACAUUGCAUGUCUCAUUUUUGGUUACUGCAAGCUGUUUGGGAGUACUUCAACAUCAAUCUUUGAGUGGCCUAGUAAUAACUUAUACCACAGGGUAUCUACAGAGGAAGGAUAUGAAUCUAGAGCUUGCAGUGACUCAGAAGAGUUGGAUUCUUCAGAGCUGGAUUCUUCACAAGACCCAUCAUCAGAUCUUCACUUUUUGAAGUCCCGAAAUAUAAAACCUUUGCAGGAGGAGGAUGAGGAAGAAGACCGGGAAAAUGAAUGUGAGAUUAAGCAAAAUAAAGACAACAAAAAUUGCGACAUUAAAUUAAAAUAUCACCGUGAUGGUACAAUCAAUGAUACGGACAGCAUUUCCGAAAACUCAGAUUCUGCUAAUACAGAAAGUCAAGGUUAUAAAAUCAGCUGGUCCAGUGAUUCAAUGGAUGGUCUGGAAGAAGAUGACCUUGAGACAUGUUCCUCAAGUAAGCCGGAGUUUUUUCAGUUUUAUACACCUAUUUUGAAAGAUAUCUCUACAGAAGACCAAAGUGUCUUUACUGAUAAUCCUGAACAGAAAUGCAAAGAAAAUGAGCAAGAUCCAUUGUUAUGCUUUUUGCAGCAGAUUAACAGCAGAGAAGAUACAGCUACAGAUUUAAAGGAGACGUCUAUAUCUCCCAAAGAGAUGGGCAACAGAGAGGAUAAUGAUCUGCAAAGCUUCUUUGGCUGUCAGUUUACAGAAAAUAAUGUCAUGGAGUACUACAGUCUGUGCUCUGUUUCCCCUGCCAGCAGUGUGGAUAGGAACAUUCCUAGCAGCCCAGAAAGCAACUGUGUAAAGGAUCAAAUAGCAGAAGCUAAGGUGCAACAUAAAGUGUAUGGUCAUGGAAGGAAAGAUGAAGUGGAAUGUCUUAUACUUGACCCACCACCAGGUUUUGGAGACAGUAGCUCUGAAGAGGAAUUUUUCGAUGCUACUGAUCGGUUCACACCCACAUUAACUUCCCCUGGUUCAAAAUUAGAGAACAAAUGUUCCUAUGCAGGCAGACAAGUAUUGCAUGGCUCUCCUGUUGAAUUAGAGAAAAAUUCUACUGAAAGAAGUAAAAUGACAAAGCACACUAGAAAGUCAACACAAAUACGUAAAAGAAGGUCUUUUCUACAGACAGACUAUACCACUCAAGUCACAUUUCCUUUAUCACCCUUAGACUCUUUGGAGACUAUGGAUCAUGUAUGUUGUUUUGAGAAAGAGCCUCACCUACCAGUAGACUCACAUUCACCUACUGUUUCCUCCUUGAAAGACAUUGAGUGCGAACCUGCUCUUCUAGAAACCAAACCGCUUGUACAAAACAAACCCAUAGCUAAAUCUAAGAGCAAAGCACAUUCGCCCAGUCUAAUGGAGAUGGAGCCUGACACCAUGGAGACUAAAUCUGUGACUGAUUCAGUAUUGUCCUCUAUAUCUGCUAUUCGCUUCAGGAGUGACUCUGGAGCUACGGAGAGAAAUUCCAAUGACAGUCAUUCUUUUUAUAGCAAUACAGACUGGAAUAUCGAAGAACACACUGGCCAAGCCAGUCCAUCAGAAAUAUCACUAGAAAUAUUUAGAAACAGCACAGAUGGAGUCAUUCUUUUCUGCCCAGAAUCAACUGAUAAUGAUGAAGAAAACUGCUUGAAUGAGGCAACAAAGGCAGACAACUCUGAGAAAAAUGCUAACAUCAUAUUCAAAAACAUAUUUCAAAAUGAUGAUGAAAAGAUUACCGAAGAAGAUAUUAAUUCAAAAUUCACAGUUCCUCCCACUGAUAGAAUGCUACCAUACAUUGCUCAGUUAGAAGACACAAAACCAUUAAUUCACAAUUUUCUAAGAGCAGACUCUGCCACAACCGAAGGAGAAAUCAGUAAAGAAAGUUCUCUAAAAAAAUUUAAAACACGGAAACUGUUUGGUUUCUCCAGUGAUACUGAUUUACUUUUAGAUUUUAAGGGACUUGCUGAUCUGUUUACUAAUUUCCCCAUCACUUCAUUUAAAGAUGGAACCUCUACAUUACCAGAUGCAUCUUCUUCUGAAGAGGAAAUGCAUCUUUUAACAAAUCAAAAACGAGAGCAGUUUACUUUAGAUGAUUCCCCUAGUAUGAUAAGACUGUCUGGUGGUAAGAAAGAAUUAUCGGCACCAUGCUUGAGUUCCUCUGAUACAACAUUGGAUAUGCUCAAAUUGAGUUGUGAUGAAAAUGAAGACUUAAUAGACUCUGAUGUUGCUACAGUGAGUUCAAAUAAAGGCUAUAAUGGGCAUGCCACAUACAUAAAGAGAAAUGUAUCAGAACUAACCUCAAUCACACCAAGGUUAGCUGACUCCACUAACUUAGCGUUUAAAGGUUAUGAAGCUUUAGUCAUAGAAAAUACAUCUCACAAUUAUGGUUCAGAUAAGAAAAAACAUAAGACAUCCAAAGUAGGAAAUUGCAGCUGUCAAUUAUCAUAUACAACCUGUUUUCGGUCUACAGACAAUGACAUAGAAGAUGAAAUUAUUGAUUUUACUAGAAGUGCUUCUCCAUUGCCUAGAACAAUACCACCUACUCCUGUUGGCUCAUUGUUUGUGGAAAAUGAUGAAAAUCCAAAUGAUACCUCCAGAAACAAUAUAUCCUGCUUAGAACAUUUCGAAGCUCUUGGUCUUCUGAGGAGAAGAAUACAAGAUUCUCCAACUGGUUUUGGCAAAUUACAAGACAAUGUAUUAGAUCUACAAAAGAUUUUAGAGGAAUACAAAGACAAGCUUAAAGUACACCCUCGGGACAAAUGUGCUGCACUGUUUUCAGAACAAAAGUCCUGCCUUUGUAACGUGUCUCGUAUGAUGAUGUCUUCUUCACAGAAAGUGCUGAAAUCAGACCAGUUAGCUGAAGAGAUUUAUCAGGGUGUAGAGGAAACAUUUUUUGGUCUAAUGCAAAUGAUGGAAGUGUGUCUCCAAUUUUCUAAUUGUGUCGGGUGCAAUAAACGACAAAUGGAUCUCCAAACUAAUUUACGUGAUCUCAUAUGUACCUACCAUCAGUUUGUCCAAUCGGCCAAGAAGGCUUCAGAAAGCGAAGAUCGCGAUUUGCAUUCCAAACUGCUAGCUCGCCAGUGCACUGCUCUCACCGCUGCUAUAUUUUGCCUGACACAGCAAUUCAGAUCACUGGUUUCUCUCUAAAAAAAAAACGCAAAUAAGAAGAUAAUAAGAAUGUCUCUUUAUGAAACUUGUCAAAAGACUUCCCCUACCUACCAAAGCUUUGCACAGUUUAGCUAGAAGAAAUCAACUUGUAGAACAAAUUGUCAUAUGUAAUGACAAGUCUGAAGUAGUGGAGUACUGUAUAAAACUAGAACAAAGAAAAAAACAUUAAUAUGGCCCAUGGUAGCCAAAUAGGAUGUUGCAUAUUAUUUUCUAACUUGUCAGUGUCUGAUUUUUAUGUAGAGCACUGCUGUUUUAGGUCUGAUGCCGAUAGCAUUGCUUCCAGGGGAGAAUAACUUUGUAAAAUGAUAUUCAAUGGAACAUUCGACAAUUUUUUCUUCUUGAAUUCCAUAUGGAGAAAAGAAACGAUUUAUAGCAAAGGCAUAUGAAUUAAUGGUAGUGCCUGACAGACAGUGUUAUAUUUCACCCAUAUGCAACUCAAUGUUUCCUCCUAAGCUGUGCAGUAUGGAAAGGAAGUGGCUAAAGCAAGCUUCUGAUAAGGUCUUACAGCUCUACCUGACUGCAGGGAAUGGAAUUUUUCCAAAAAAAAUCCAAAAUGCCUAAGCUUAGAGGGAACAGUGUUCGGGCCCUUUCUUUGAACUAGUUUCUAUACGUGACGCCCAGAAUGUGUUGAGUUUUUAAUGAGAACAUCAGAGAUGAGUUUAACUUGAUGAGACCAAAUGAAUGUUUUACAGUAUUAGUCUAUCACACAGGCCACCUCAGUGACUGACUGUCUGGAAGGAAGCGCUCCUUCCCGACAGUUGGCUGCUUGUUCAGUGAAGGAGGCAUUUACAUGCAGCAAUCACCUCCACAGUAUGAGGAUAAGGGAUCGCUAUUGCCAUCCCUCUUGCUCAUACAGAAUCAUGGUUUCUGAGAAGCAGAUCUCUGUUUAGGCCACACGACCUUCUGCAAAAGCCAUGAUGGGUGGUGCUUGCAUAAAUGACAGGAUCACCAGAUAAAUGAGUCUUUCACUCUUCCAUCGGGUCAUCAGCGGCACAUUUACAUGGCCAGAUUGUCAAGAAUGACCAUUCGCAGGAAUGGUCAUUCCUGAUAAUCUGCCCGAUUCUCUGGCCGUGUAAAUGGACCUUUACUGUUUCUAACACUAAUUAUACAAUUAAUGGAGCACAAUAUCAGUAUUGCCUUAACAAGCAUAUGUAAAUUGUACGAAAUGUUUGUUUUCCUUCAGCACACUGUAUAGUCUUUUAAUCUCUUGACCCUAAAUGGUAUCACUCUGGAUAUAAUUCUCAGUUAAAGAGUUAUCCCAAGAUAUAAACUCCACAGUAUAGGGAAAAGUAAUCUGAUUAGUGGGGGUCGAACCACUGGGAACACCACUAAUCACAUACAAUGGUGGUCCUGAGCAUUUUCUAUGGGACUGCUGCUAGGUUCUGUAUGCUGUGGAUAGGGAAUAGUUUAUAUACUGGGACAACCUCUUUAAGUAGAAUGUUUACACAUACUUCACACACUAUAACUUUGAUAAAUGUAUGUAUGUCCUUGUUUAUAUGUACAGAAUGCACCAAAGAGCUAUGACAUGAUAAUAGAAUUGAAAGUAGAGUAUAUAAAAUAUAGAAUAUUUAUAUUUUACUGUAAACAAUGGUUUUCUUUGAGUUAUUUUUUCAUUUUACUAUUAAGAAUUAUAUGCUAAUGUAUUUUCUUCUUAAAAUGAUGUUAUACAGUCGCCCUCUAUUACAUAAAAUCAAAAUAUAGUACAUUGAUUUGGACUCCAAGGUAUUUAUGGCUAACAUGAUUUUUUUAAUCCCUUAAGUAUAUGUGAUUUUUAUGAUGCCAAAGCAUUA